UGUUUGAAUCAAUGUUAUCUUGCUCUUCACCGUUUUCAUUUUUGAUCAUUGUCGUUACCAUAUUAACACCUCUCUUUCUCUAUCUUCGGGGGCUGAGGAUAUUAUUAAUACCCUCAUCUCCCCCCCGCACCCCCUCCAUAUCAUCUGUCUUCUCAAUCAAUCAAAUUCAACACAUCCAUUUCUAUAUAUACAUGUGAUGUAAUCAAUCAUGAUUUUCUCUCUUUGUUUUCAGAUCAUUCUCUCUAUUUCUCUCUCUUUUCUUCUUCAUGCUUUCAAUCUCAAGAAACACCUUCACUUUUUCUUCACUCUUCUCACCCCUUCCAAUGCAACCGACAACAACAAUCAUAACCUUCAUCAUUCCAUUUCAUCCAUCAAAAAGCCUGUAAUCCCUCUCCCACCACCGCCGAUGACGACGCUCCAUGAGAUGCAAGUAGAUGAUCAUAAUGAAUAUUGUUGGAGGACGAAGCCGGCGGAGGGAGAUGUAUAUAGUAAUUCAUUUCCGCCGCCGCUUUCUUCGUUAGACGGUAACGGUCAACGGAGUUUUGUUCUGUUACCGACGAGGAAGGACGGAAGAUUACAACUCUAUAAAGUGAAACUAAGGAGGCCGGAAAUUAUGGUCGCUAAUCGACAAAAUGGACGGUUGAGAUUGUAUAUCGUUCGAGAUCAAUACAUCGAAGACGAUUUAGAUUAUUUACAAGAGGAGUGUGAAGAAGAAGAAUUUGUGAAAGAGGAAGAAAGUACAGUAGUAGAAUCUGAAUCUGAAUCUGAAUCAGAAUCAGAAUCAGAAGAGGAAAUGGUUGAAGAUAGUAGAUAUGAGUAUGAGGAAGAUGAUAGGGUUAGGGAGUGUAAUAAUCAGAAUAAUGAAAGGUAUAGAAGAAGGUGUCACCACCACCAAUUGGUGAAUCAUAUUCAUGGAAGCCAUAACAAUCUACUCAUGUAUGGAGUUAGUAUUGCUUAAGUGUUUGAUUUGUUUUAACUUUCAAUUUCAAUUAUUAUGGAAGUUAAAACUUCUAUUUGCUCACUACAAUAUGUUAUUGAUUUUGCCUCCUUAAUGUUGGUGUUCUUGAGACACAACACUUUCCCAUUUUUGUCAAAAUAGAACACUAGAUGAUAGAGGUUCAAUGUUGUUGAACCCGAGUGUUGUCUUGUCAUGCGAUCUCCUUGCUACAAAAAAGUAGUAUAGCAACACUGUUAUUUCUUUUUUUGUUUGUAACGCAUCAAAAUCCAAUAAAAGAAAUGUUGUGAUUGUUCAUUCAUCUUCCA